ACACACACACUUUUUUGACACGCAUUUCUCCUCCUUGUCAUCCAGCUUCUUCUGGCAGGGAGGGAGAAAGAUUUCGCAGAAAAUAAAAGAAAACUGGCAAAAAGAACAGCUGACCUUUCUCCGUCCCUCCUUCCGUUACUAUAAAUACCGCCACCACCGCCUUAUUAUUAUUACUACUACAAAAACUACCUUUUAAGAGAGGGAGAAGAACAGAAAGAAGAGGCAGUUAUCUUUUAGUCUUGCUUUUCUUUUCAUUUUCUGCUCCUUUCUUCUUGUCAAUCUCGAUAAAUUCAUUAAAGUUUUUGGUCUUUUACUAUUGUCUAACACGAGGGGUUUGAUCCAACGGCCUCAAUCACCCUGCCAUUUCAUCGUUCGGCCAGGCAAUGCUUUCUGGGCUGUUUUGCUGGGUUUUGAAUUCUGAGCUGUUGUUAUUUGCUUGAGUAAUGGAAAUGGACCCUAAUGAUCAUCAGAAAAUGAGGAGGAAGGAUUAUACUGCAAAGCAAAAUGGUAAUGUCAACAUAUCAAGUGCUGAUGAUGAGUUGGAUCCAUGGACUGCCUGGGCAUACAAACCUCGCACACUUACAUUGUUGUUUGUUGGUGCCUGUUUUCUCAUCUGGGCCAGUGGAGCCCUUGAGCCUGAAAGCGUUUCAGCUGGAGAUAGUGUUGCAUCUGUGAAAAGGGGUGUAUGGGCAAUGAUCGCAGUUUUUCUUACUUAUUGCUUGCUGCAAGCCCCUGAUACGAUAUUGAUUAGGCCUCAUCCUGCAAUUUGGCGGCUGGUUCAUGGAAUGGCUGUGAUUUACCUUGUUGCAUUGACAUUUUUGCUUUUUCAGAAGCGAGAUGAUGCUCGGGAGUUCAUGAGAUAUCUGCAUCCUGAUCUUGGUGUUGAACUUCCAGAGAGAUCUUAUGGUGCUGAUUGCCGGAUAUAUGUGCCUGAAAAUCCCACAAGCAGGUUUAAGAAUGUUUAUGAUACGCUUUUUGAUGAGUUUGUUUUGGCACAUAUCCUUGGAUGGUGGGGAAAGGCCAUAAUGAUUCGUAACCAACCUCUUUUAUGGGUAUUAUCUAUUGGAUUUGAGUUAAUGGAGCUUACCUUCCGCCACAUGCUACCGAACUUCAAUGAGUGCUGGUGGGACAGCAUUGUUCUUGACAUUUUGAUCUGCAAUUGGUUUGGAAUUUGGGCAGGAAUGCGCACUGUACGGUACUUUGAUGGUAGGACAUAUGAAUGGGUUGGCAUAAGUCGGCAGCCAAAUAUCAUGGGCAAAGUCAAACGGACGCUGGGUCAAUUUACACCCGCACGGUGGGACAAAGAUGAAUGGCACCCACUUCUUGGACCUUGGCGUUUUAUUCAAGUUCUGAGUCUUUGCGUUGUGUUUUUGACAGUGGAGCUGAAUACAUUUUUCCUAAAGUUUUGCCUUUGGAUACCUCCACGAAACCCCCUUGUAAUUUAUAGGUUGAUUUUGUGGUGGCUUAUUGCAUUACCAACCAUUCGGGAGUACAAUUCUUACUUACAGGACAGAAAACCAGUGAAAAAGGUGGGCUCCUUUUGUUGGCUCUCCGUGGCCAUCUGCAUUGUUGAACUCCUCAUCUGUAUCAAGUUUGGACAUGGAUUAUUCCCCAAUCCCAUGCCAAAGUGGUUGGUAACUUUUUGGACAGCGUUUGGUAUUGGCCUCUUGAUAUUCUUGAACGCAUGGACCUGGGUAUUACAUCGAACAAUGAGGACAAAGCAGGAAUAGUUUAUUUUUGUUGUCUCGUCUCAUUCUUUGGUUCCUUCUCUUCAGUUGAUAUUCAACCAUAUUGUAAAUACCUCAUUAUUACAAACUGUAAAUGCUUUCUCCUAGGUCAGCCAUCACAGUUAAUCCAUGUAGAGAACCUUUUGAGUUUUGAUUAGGAUGCAGGAAAGGUCUAAUCAUCUUCAUUUCUUCAAUUUGAAUUUUGCUGCCUCUGCUGAUGAGAUUUUCUUUUGGUGGUUUAUGAUUUUGACGAACUCUUUCAUCAAUCACAUGACACACUUUAUCCA